GCUUGACUCGAAAAGUCAUCAUUAUUCAGAUUAGAAGAAUAAAUUUGGGUUUUCAUACUUGUGAUCGCGAUUUCAUUUAGUUUCAUGUCAGCAGUUAAAAUUCAGCAGAAGCUAUUGUACUGAAUUGAAAAAAAUUGUAGUAUUCGUAUAAUCAUUUCUAAAGUGAAAAAAAGAAAUAUCAAUAUGGAUGACGUUCAUUCAUUUCAUACCCGAAAGUACGAAAAGGCCGAUGAAUUACAAGAGCCAAAUUUCAUUCGAAAAUCACUUGUUUUAUUACAAAUAUUGCCUGGUUUAGUGUUAAAAACUCUGAUCAUUGUUGUGCUGGAACUUUACUAUUUGUUACUUGCUGUUUUCCAUUUGAUUGUGCCAAAGCCACUGAAAGAGAUUCGAGGAAAGUUGGCUGUAGUAACAGGUGGUAGCAAUGGCAUUGGUAGAGAAAUUUGCUUGGAAUUGGCACGUUCUGGUUGUAAUGUUGCAUGCUUAGAUGUUGAUUUUCAAGCUGCUGAAAAACUAUGUAUUGAAUUAAAGCGUUUGGGAGUAAAUGCAAAAGGAUACCAAGUCGAUGUUACUAGUUAUGACGAAUUGGAGAAUGUGAAGAAGCAAAUUAACGCUGAUUUGGGUAUUGUUGAUAUUCUAGUAAAUAAUGCUGGUUUAAUGCCGAAAAAUUCAUUCCGAGAGGGUGAAGCAAGUGAAAUAAUAAAAAUAAUUUCGACCAACGUGAUGAGUCAUUUUUGGACUACACGAAUUUUCAUAGACGAUAUGAUAGCUAGACGCUCCGGCUUGAUUGUUGCAAUUUCAUCAAUGAUCGCUUUUUAUCCGAUGAGUAUCGCUGUUACGUAUACAACAUCGAAAUAUGCUGUAAAAGGAUUUAUGGAUGCAUUGCAUCAAGAUUCACGUCACGAAAAUUGGGGAGUGAGCACGCUGACUAUAUUUCCACACGUGUGCAACACACGCAAAGAAAUCAUAGAUUAUAUAAAAAAGAAAGUCAGCAAAACUACAUUGGAGCGAGUUGGUCUACUUAACCCAGUUGAUGUUGGAAGAGAAACUGUAAGAGCGAUACAACGUGGCGAUAGAUAUUGCACAGUACCAAGAUUUUAUUUGUUGGUUGGCAAAUUCUUUCAGUCAUUGCCACCUGAAGUCCAAGAUUUUGCCGAUUCGAUGUUUAUGCCGCGUGUCAAUUCCAAAACAAAUCAUUGCAUAGAUAACGGAUUUAAUAAGUCGCAAUGAACAAUGAUGAAUCAGUGUAAUGAAUGUUUCUCAUGUCACAAAAAUUAUUGCAUUUUCUUGAGAAAAUACAAUAAAUCUUGAAAAAAAAAAUACUAACUAA